CCAUCUUUCUAGCUCCCUAGCAGUACUUUCUUAUCGAUAAGCAAAUACAUGACUUCUGCUAAAGAUGAUGAAGACUUUUGGUACAGUAGUGAAAAACGAUCGUUCUGUUUCGAAAACAAUGAGGUGGAUCAAUUGUUUGGAGUAUCAAAGACUGAUACAGAUAAGCUAUGGGCUGGUAUUUCAAACACAUCUACAUCAGAAGGCCCUUUAAAAACCACCAAUGAUUAUCAGCCACUUAAACCUAUGUUAUCUAUUAUCUCGGAAAAAACACUUUCUUGCAUUUUGGCAACAGAUAAAUUACAAAAUCUCCAUUCAGAAACAAGUAUUUCACAACCAGACGUAACUCUCAGAAAAAUCUUACUUGGCCAACCAUAUUCUUUGGAUCAAUACAAAUCACUUGCCAGCAAAACUGCCUUAUUAGAUUCAGCAAUAAUAAGUGGAGAUGGAAAUACAAUUUUAAUAAUUAUCCUAUUCCUUACAAAAACUCUUAAGAGAACUUUAGUCCAAAGAAUAUUAGCGGAAAGACCAGAUGCAGUCAAUAUGUACAUAAGAUAUCUUUCUAUAAGAUUACAGUUAAAUGAUAUUACUGAUAUUUUAACAAUGCUAGGGCAAUCAAAGGAUGCUGCAAUGAAAACUUUGCACAUUAUUAUAAAGAAUACUCGAGAUCCCAAUAGACUGUUAAACAAACUUCAAAAUAUUUAUGAAACACAAUUCUUAAAUUUAGCUGAUUGCAAAGAGACUUCAUUUGUUCAAUCUUAUAUCAAAUUACUUGAGUGGCAAAUAACAGUAAAAAAAAUGGAUGGAAAUGAAGACAUUGAACUGAAUUCGUCUGUCCUUAACUGUCUAAGACAUAUGUGUAAAGGGCCAGAGAGACGUUUAAUGUCUACAAUCUUAUCUCAACAGCAUGAUGUGUCUCCUAGACAAUAUCAAAAGGUUGCAUUAGAAGUUAGAGCUGCAGCCAGUGAAUGGGAUGAUGUUGAUCAACUACUUCUAACAAAGGGGUGGUUAGGGAGCAAAAAGUUACAAAUUCAUCUACCUAUUGAAGAUGUACUAAAAAUAUUGCACAAAAAUAGUGCACCUUCUGAGAUACUUGAAAAAUAUUUAAAAUUUGUUGAUAAUAUCGAAAGACGAUUGGAAUUAGCGAAAACUAUGCAUUGUUUUAGAGUAGCGAUCGAUAUACUUGUUCAACAAGCAGAUCGUAUUGCGUUAAUAGAAUAUAAAAGUAAAUUACAACCUCAAUCAGAAGAAUAUUUCUAUGCGGAAAGCGCGCUACGCUUACCAUCAGUGAAAUGGAAGAGCUAA